UGAACCGGCAACCUUAUGAUUACUAGUCCAGUACCUUAACCACUUAGCUACCACUGCACUUGUUCUCCCAUUAGUAAUGCAGAUCCUGGUCCCCCAAGUUUUCUUACUAGUUUUCUAACUAAUCCAUUUAUUGGCACUCUGGUAAUUCAAAUAACUGCACCUAAGAUUUCAAUUUAAUGUCAGGUUGUAUGACACAAGAACAGUUCUGUACAGGACAACUGCUGACCCAAAAACAGGACUUUCGGACAAAACCAGAUGUGUUGGGGAUGCAGCCACCUCUACCACCAGCCACAGUCAGAGAGCUGGUGCGCUCCCAUCUCCAUGUUGACCCUGUAGCUGCAGAUUUGCGCUGUAGUCUUUUUGUAGCUGCAGUACAGAACUACAAACGUGAUUCUGUGCUGAGACCAUUCCCGCCUCAAUAUCUGAGAGGGGAAAUUAAGGAUUUUGAGGAGUUGCAGAAGGAUGUGAGCUCCUUACCUAGCGUAAGAGACCUGGUUCGACUGGGAUCUGGAGAGGCAGACCAUCAUCUUGCACUAGUACACUGGGUUCUAUCUACCAAGAAUUUUGCUGUGAAGACCAUCCAAAAAGAAGAAUGGUCCAGACUCUGUCAACUGAUGCAAAAUGGUGGGGUCUCAUCGCCUGUGCCAGACUUCCUUUUUGAGCUGGAAUACUGUGAACAGAUAAACUCCAAGUUUGAGAAAACGAGGGGUGGACGGGACAUUAUCUAUGCAUUUCAUGGCAGCCGAUUGGAAAAUUUCCACUCCAUAAUUCACAAUGGUUUACACUGCCAUCUAAAUAAGACAUCACUCUUUGGAGAAGGCACUUACCUCACCAGUGAUCUUAGUAUGGCUUUCCUUUAUAGUCCCAAUGGAAAUGGGUGGUCUGAGAGUGUCCUUGGGCCUGUACUGAGCUGUAUUGCUCUGUGUGAGAUCAUUGAUCAUCCAGAUGUCAAGUGUCAGGUAAAAAAUAAAGACUCUGAGGGCAUUGACCGCAAGCGUUUGAGAGCAAGGAAUAGUGAGGGAGGAGAUGUGCCGGAGAAGUACUUUGUUGUCACCAAUAAUGAACUACUAAGAGUGAAGUACUUGCUGGUUUACUCUGAGAAACGCUACAGGACCAGACAUGCUCAAGGAUCAUCAUGGAUGGUCCGACAUCAUUUUGCCAUUAUGAUGGGUCUCUACCUUUUACUCCUCAUACUCAUCGGUGCCUUCAACUCCACUACAUUUCAGUCAUUUUGGCAUCGAGUGUUCCGGUGAACCAGGCUCGGGUCACAUUUGCCAUUUGUCUUUUUCUAAAAAGUGCCUUUUUAGUUGAUUCACAUUAUUUCAACACCUGCAGUGAAGAAAACGCUCAGGAAUCUCUGAAAAGGUUAUUCCAUCCUUGCUGUGUAUCAAUUGUACUGACAGUACACAUCAUUUUAUUAAAUUUUUACUAGGAAUUUAUUAGUACAUACAUUUUUAAAAUCAACAUUUAAUUCAUUAUGAGAACUUGUAUGUCUAUAGGAAUGGAAGCCUUCCUGUCCAGACCAGGGGCUUUUGUAUCAUUGUAGCAAAACACAAAUGUUUUGUGUGUUGUUCUUAUGUACAAUGAUGGUAUUUGCUGUACAACCAAAUAAUAUGGGACAACGUGCUUGUCUGUUACUCAGUGCAUGGUUUUCGAGUCAGACAUUGCCAAGUCCUGUAGCUGCUAUUAUGCUUAUCAUAGGGAACCACUGAUUAACCAACACUUGCUUUAGUCUUUGUAGUGCUGACUAUCAUUUUUUUAUAGGAACUCAUUCAUGUAGGAAGUUCUGUUUCAGUUCAUGCUUUACACAAAAACAAUAUACAACCAUAAUGAAUAUCAUUUUUUAGAUGACUAAAAAUGACUAGUUAAAAGGUCUUAAUAUAUCUCUACAUUAAAAAAACCAAUAGCACUGUAACCUAAGACCAAAUUUGGGGGGUAGAUUGCCAGCUAUUCCAUGUACGGCUGAUUAUCAACAUGGUGGUGUUAUAUACUGAUUUUAUUUCCUAAACAAAAAGGUUUCUAAUUGUCAAUUAUGUUGUAUCAUUUGAUCAUUGAAUAUAUGUACAGGUCCAUGACCGCCAAGCUAUUUUGCUUUGGUUAAGCCUAAGAUAGUUUACACCCGAGUCAAUAAACACAAACAUUUUAACAA